AUGCGAAUCGUCUGUCUCGUCGUGGGCUUGCUUGUUUUGAGUGCACAGAUCUUGGCCAAUCCAAUUUCUGGGAUGAUCAAGACUGAUCCACACAAUUCUAUGUAUGCCCAUGCAGAGCCUAUGGAUGAUAUCGUCCACCGAAUGGUCUCUGAGGCUCGUGCGCAUGACAUUCCGCUUGGCAAGGACUUACAUUCUUUGGGCAAAGUACAAAGCAACGCAUGGUCAUGGGAAUGGUGUGAUGAUGUCGAUGCUGAAGGUUAUCUCGUACGGGUAGACUCGGUGCAACUGCAGCCUGACCCACCCGUCAUGGGCCGGAAUCUGACGUUCCAUGGCGCUGGAUCGCUGUCGGGGCGUGUCGCGCAGGGUAGCUACGUCGACGUAAAUGUCUACCUUGGAUUUCUUCGAUUGUAUGCGGAGCGCAUGGAUUUGUGCGAUGUGCUUCGUGAGAACCAUGUGGAAGUCCAGUGUCCCAUGGAACCUGGACAAUACAAUAUAACGCAUGUGAUUGAAAUGCCCAAGACACGAGUACCACCGAUUCCUUUCCGUUUCCGCGUGUUAGGCAUAUCGCAAGACAAGCAAACAAUCGCAUGUAUAAACGGGCGGAUUACGAUGCACAAUGCUAUUCUCUCUUGGAGCUCGUAUCCUAUGCAUCUGCUCCGCUCGAUCGGACGCGUCAUCUGGUCCCCAUUCAACUAA